UUUCUGGUUUUCAAAAAGGAAACUGAAAACAUUUUUCGUUCCCAAAAACGGUUUUCAUUGUUCCCAGUUCCCACUAGGGUAGUACUCAUUGUUUUCAUUAGGAAUACGAGGUACCGGUACCGGUAUAAUCUUACUCAUAAUAAUUAAUAGUAGCUGUUUUUCAUAAAUUCAUUUGCUUGUACGCCUUGUAGUGCGCUUAGGCAGACUACCAGUGUUACUCUCCAAUGUUGUUGUUGUCAGUACCUGGCUGAUUUUUUCCUCCUUCCCCCCACCUUGUCUCCCCCUUUCGAGUUGUGAUGAUUUAUUUAUUUUGUUGGAGGACUGGUGGCGACUGCGAGGAGAGUUUAUAACACGGUGCAAACAUUCCUGGCCAAACGGCGAAGGAAUUGCGUUUAUCCGGACCGCGAAAAAAAGUGUUCUGAAUUUUUCCCGCGCGCAGCGCAUGAAUGUCGAAUCCACCAUGGACAAAUCACCUGCCAAUCCGCGAGUUGAAAGCGGGGAUGAAAAACACCAACACGGAAUUUAUGGUGCUGGAGCAGAUCGGUAUGAACCACACGAAGGACGGCGCCAAUGUUUGGGUAUUCAAAGUGGCUGACAUUAGCGGCGCCAUUAACCUGGCCGUAAUCGGCGACAACGGAAAAUGUCUCCGACCAGGAGAUAUCUGUCGAGUGUACAACGGCUUUGCUACGGUUUUUAAGGGAGCGCUGACGUUCUACGUUGGCAAAGGCGGACAGCUGAGGAAAACGGGGGAGUUUUGUUUUCCCAUCUGCGAGGAGCCCAAUAUGAGCAUGGUAAAGAUGAUCGAUCCCUCUGCUGCGCACAGCAAAGAGGCUCGUGGGCCAUCGCAAGGAUCGCGCAACCCGUCAUCCUCGCACCACACUGCACCGAAACCCACCGCAACGCGUCCAGCAGGACUGCAUUUACUGGCUAUGCCGCAGACUGAGCAGGCUAGUUCAUCGCAAGCCAGUCCGGAAAUUUUUGGUUCCUCAUCACGGCAUGAACAUUCUGCGGCACAUCAGCAUCCUGAACCUGGUGGAAGUCGUUCGAAAAAUCAUUCGUCCACUUAGUUUCGUUACCUGGUAUGUUCCAGCGAAAUCUCACGCUAAUGACUUAUUUCUUACAGUAUUAAGCUUUCACCAAAUUUCAACCUCUCCAAAGAUAUACGACACCCAUGCAUCCAUGGUCCUUGUAUUCAUGACGUUUUGUUUUUAUACAGUUUGAGUUCACUGAAAUGCUACUAAUUUUUUCGCUUUUUCUGUGUCAUGUGUUUACAUGUGUCAUGUGUAUGCGAAUUACCACGAGACACGAACCAGACUCAUUGCGAUAAUGGGAUUCGUCAUCGUUCGCGUUCAAGUUAGUAAAUCAUAAUUUUUAAUUGUUGUUAAUAUUUUUUAAGAAUGCGUUGUUGUUAAUGUACAAGUGCUGCUGCAACUUCCUCUACGAUUUUGAGAUAAUAUAGUUUAACGCUUGUUAGCAGAUGCUGCUCCGAAACGACAUAAUUUGUAGGGAAAUGAGUACGCAUUCAUAAUAAAG